GCAAAAAUGCAGGUGUUGCUUGGAGUUUGGGCCUCUUUAUCCAGGGUUAAGAGGUUAAUGGAAGCACAGCUCGAGUGAGGCGGUCUUACAAAAAAAAAAAGAAAGAAAAAAGGAAUUAAAUAUUUACUGGGUGAAAGAAAUGCCAAUUGGCAGAUUAAAUACGCAGCCCCUUUGUUAUCAUUCCAAUAAUUCCAGAACAAAAAAGUCAGAAGCCAAAUGGGGAACCGAAGCUAUGGUGCAAACCUCACAGCUGUGCAAAGCAGGAGGGGAGGCGUGCUGCCUGGGGCAGGGGGGCAGCAGCCCUGAGAGCGCUGCCAUUGAUUCUCCACAUCCUUUCCCAGCUCAGGUGCCCUUUCUCCUCUCCUGCUGUUGGAUGUGCUGAGGGCAUCAUGCUUGUGAUGGGCAACGAGUUGAGGUAGAAGCUCUGUGCAGAGCUGGGAUGGUUUGCACCAAGUCACAGCUGGGUCCCUUUGAUGGCUUUUACAGGCUGCCAUGUGGGUUCGUGUCUUAAUUUCCCUGACCCCCUGCCUGUAAAGUGGAGAUGAGAGCUGUGCCUUUUUGUCACCCAUUUCUUGCAUUAGGCUGUAAAUUGUUUGGCACAGAAAUCCAUUUUCUUGGUGUGCACACAGAGCACCCAGUCACACAAGGCCAGUGCUCUCCAUGGGGCUUAUUAAGAUCUAAACUAUUAGCAACAAGCCUUUGUGUUAGCAUGCAGAGACUGUUUGAGAGGGACAGACGAGCUCUGGAUUUGGCUCCUGUACACACAGUGAGAAGUGGCUUUCCCCAGCCCUGAUAACACUGCUGUGCAAUGGGAGCUACCCAAGGUAUGGCCAGUGACCACUGUCUCAUUUCACUGCAGGACUGAGUUUUGAAGAGUGACAUGGAAACAACGCUCCAGUUUCUAUGGACCCUUGAUGUUCUGAUGGCAGAACAACUCUUUCUCCCUCGAAAGCAGCAUAACCUGAGUCCUAAGGGGCAGUGACCACUUGGAGGGAGUGAAGCCCUUAACAAAAGCAUGGACCAUUCCGUACGUAUUGCUCAAUAGGACAACUUCUGCUCUCAGUUUACAAGUCUGAAAACAAAGUAUAUAUGAUACCAUCAAACUGCUUCAUUCCAAAGCCUGCUGCUCCUUCAAACGUCAAGGCUGUAACCUUCAGACUCUACUCUGAGCUCUGAACCUUUGCAUUCCUGGGGAUGCUGGUUGGACCUCGCUGUGCUUCAGGGCAGUGGGUGAGCUCAUACCUCAGUCCUGAGAGAAACCCAGCAGAGGAGGAAUGAUGCCACCUGAAGUUCUGUGUGCUGCUGAAAGCUCUUUCUUAGAAAACUUUAUUCCCCUUGUAGUUUAUUUCUGAAUCAUAAAUGUGCUCAGCUCACAUUUGCACGUUCUUCACACUUGAGGUCCCAGGGAUUGGCCUUCUUUAAUUAAAUGAAGACGUGCUCAACUACUUGCUUGCAGGUGUGGGAUCUUUAAACGUCACAAAUUUCCAAAUAAACCAGAAGAGUCAGGAAGGAAAAACAACAACAAAUCUCAAUACCUGUGAGCUGGUGAUGAAGCACCGCCAGAGGCCUUUCCCCUGCUCCUGCUUUGACCCACUUCUCAGCGAGUUGCUCAACCUCUCAGGAGCAAAUCUGCCAACCUUACUCUUCCUGCUGGACGAGAGGCCAUUUCAGCACGGGUCAACAACAGAGAGCUGUGAUUUCAGGGUCAGAAAAAGGCAAUGCUCCCCAUAAAACAUGCUGAGUCCCAUCCCAGCUGCCUUCUGUCCGGGUGGAAUGCAAGAGGAGUUGUCCCAGAAGCAUCAGGCGGCGGCAUUGGGAUCCAUCUUCACCAAGCCUUGAAGACAUCGGGGAUGGGGAUGGAGGACCACUGUGCUGGGACUCCAAUGGAAUGAGCCCUUCUGCUGCACUGCCUUCAGAGCUGCACAAACCCCGUCCUUCCUCGCAGCCUCACCCUGCAGCUUCCAGAGCCAGUCAUGCGACCCAUCUUCUGCUUCAGAACAACAGCCGCAGCCUCGCCCCUACCAAGGGGUCCGCGUCAAAGAGCCAGUGAAGGAGCUAUUGAAAAGGAAACGGGGAAAUGUUCAUAAUGCCACUGCAGCAGCAGCCACAACGGUCGUUUUGCCCCACCAGCCCCUCCCUUCCUACACACCAAUGGGCCAGCCGUGUAUCGAUGUGGAUGCUGCUGCCCCUCCACUGCCCAGCGCAGAGGAAGGAGCACUGUGUUCCAGCUGGCUCUCCCAGCCCUCUCCCUCAUCCCUGCAGCCUCUGACUCAGUGGACCACUUACCCCGACUACGUGUCCCACGAAGCAGCCAGCUGUCCUUACACUGCAGACAUGUACAUCCAGCCUAUGUGUCCCAGUUACACGUUGGUUGGGCCUUCGUCUGUACUGACUUAUGCUUCUCAGCCACUGAUCACCAAUUUCGCGCCCCGAAGCAGCACCCCGGCCGUGGUGCCCCAGCUGGAGGUGACGGAGCAGCAGCCACCCAUCACCUACUUCCCGUGGGCGCAGCCCCUCUCAGCACUGCCAGCCCCCACCCUGCAGUACCAGCCGGCCUCUUCCACGCUCCCCACGCCGCAAUUUGUGCCCCUGCCCAUCUCCAUCCCUGAGCCGGCCCCGCAGGAGCUGGAGGACGCCCGCAGGGUCAUCGGCACACUGCCCCUAGAGAAGCUGCUGCUAGAAGAUGAAGACAAUGAUACAAUUCUACAUAUUUAUGCAGCUAAAGGUAUGAGGGCGUUUACGUUGGCAGCUGCAGAGCGCAUGAAGGAGCUGCGGAGACUCGAUGCCAAGGAACACAGAGGAAAGACCCCGCUCCUGGUGGCCGUCACUGCCCGGCAGCCAGCGAUCGUCCACGAUUUGAUCCAGGCAGGAGCAGAUGUCAAUGCUGUAGACAACAAAGGGCAGUCAGCUCUGCACCUUGCUGCAACGUAUGGGUAUGCCCAGGUUCUGCAGGUGAUUCUUUCACAAGGCCUCCCUCUCGAUUUAGAAAUGAAGGAUUUUGAAGGCCAUACCCCUCUGCACUGUGCUGUCCUGGCCCACAACACACUGCUGCGGGACCGGGGCCGCCUGGCACUGCCAGAACAGCAGAGUGAAGAGCUGCAGCACCAGAGCUGGGAGCUGGAGACCUGUGUGCAGCAGCUGGUGCAGGCAGGAGCUUCCAUCUACAGCCGGGAUGUGAAAAGCAACAAGACAGUUCUUCAUUACACCGUCCAGGAUGGGAACGUAUCCCUGCUCCGCUACUUCCUGGAGCUGAAUGCUUUCAAAUCCAAGGACUUCAUCAACAGCAAGGCUCAUGGAAACACAGCUCUGCACAUGGCAGCUGCGCUGCAUGGCGACAAGAACCAGAAGGAAAUCAUUCAAUUGCUCCUUGACCACGGGGCAGACCCGAGCAUCCGAAACUUAGACAACGACCAGCCGAUCCACAUGGCUCCUUCUGGGAAAGCUGGGGACCAGGUCAGGCAUUUGCUGAAGAGAGGGAAAGUCACAUCAACAUUCAUUUCCUGCUGCCGAAAUGCCAGAUCCUAGGUUGGAAUGGCUUCAGCUUCAGCCUGUGGCACGAAGCCCCAUAGAACAACCAUGAGGAUGGUUAACCAGCGUGUCUCUGCCCCCAGAAUCUAUACGCUGGGGUGGGAUGGCAGUGUUUCUCAACCUGUGGCCUUUGGACCACGAGUAGCAUGGGAGAUAUCAAGAGAUAAGCUCUGAGAUGGCAGAGAAGCUUAUUUUGUCAACAGGGAAUGCUAAUAAUCCCGUGACACAAACGAGCAAACAUUUAACAUGCAGCCAAGCUUCGAUUUGGUGGCAAAGGGCAGCCAGGACACAAGAUGGUCCUUGGUAGCAAUGGUUGAGAAAUACUGCUCCAAGUCCUGCUCGCAUCCUGUGCGAGGGCACUGGGUGAAACGCUGAAGCCUCUGUGAUGUGCAAUGAGCUCCACUGUCCUUGGGAUGCACAAACCUGGGGGGGAGGGGGAGAAAGACUGGACCGAAGAGGUCGGCAUCAAGACUGCAGUUCCCAGGGCCACGGCUGAACUGAAGACCUCCAAGGGAGGAGGAGCAGCUUGUUUCUGCAAGCUGCUGCUCUCCCUGCUCUUAGCACUUUGAGGAAGGGAGCUGAAUCAGCUCUCCAUUGCCCCAUCGCUCAGCCCAACCCUUGAAAGGAGAGCAGAUGCUUGUGGGAGCAAGCGCGUGGCGCGGCUUCUCUCCUGUCCUCGUCCCACGUUAAGAAGUUCUUAUCCUUUCUGUGAAAUGAUUUGUGAAUUGCUGUGCAAUCAGCUGGCGGUGUGCAGGAGGAGUGAAGGCAGGUGCCUGCAGGGGGUGAGAGCUCUGCUGGGGCAGCCAACACAGAGGUUCUCAUCCCCAGCGCACGCUCUGCAUGUUGCUGUUGUCAGCCUUGCAGAGUUGUUUUCUUCCACUGGGGCUGAACUGAUUAAGUUGAAGGGCAAAUCUCUUAAAUCACCCCCGUGACUUCCUCCAUCGCCCAUUAACUCAAUGCAGCAGGGCUUUGUUAGGCACUUGCGAGCCCUGCAAACCCUUCGACGACUGUUUUUGCAGAUCCAAACAAAAGCUCUUAAGAAAUGCAGGAAUCCCGAUUAGAGACCUCCUGACUUCCUCAUCCCUCCUCUUUGCUGGUUGGCUACCGCUUCUCACUACAUCAUGCCUACAAACCUGCCGGCGCCCUCUGACAAAAAAAAGCGGGCGCCUAUUUGCAUGUGUUUGCAUAAAUUUGCGUGUAUCUGGGCACGGGCCGGCUCAAGCAUGUGCUUCCUUGCUUUGAUGGGAUGCUGUAACGAGACCCAAAUGAGUGAGAACUGCAUUGACGAGGAAAAGUGGGGAAUAAAUUCUCUUUCUCGACCUUGAGGCGAUCUC